AUGUCACGACUCUCGAGCGUACGCAGCUCGAGUGUACGGCAACCAGUAACGAUUUGGAAUGGGGCACAGUAUGCCGCAUCGUCGAAAGAGCUCGAAUUAUUGCGUCGUGAUUUUGGACUGGAUACGCGAAUGUUAGAGCAAAAAUUAGUACCGCGCUACAAGCACAGUAAACCGACAGCAAGUGCGCGUAAUUCUAUUGUCUUACAACAAAAACAAAAACAAUCAGAUUGGAUUUUACGUUAUAACAAUACGUUAGUGUCCGGUGAAACGAAUUUCCAUCCGUGGAAUCAUACAGGUGCGCGUAAAUUCGGUCAAUUCGAUCUAGUACCGUGGCGACGUCAAAAAUCCGCUGUAGACCUAACAGUAGUGCCAGAUUAUAGUAGUGAUGGUGUAACGCCUACAACAGUGGCCACCAAAUCACUCAAUCGUUUAGAAAAACUAGAACUACGCAAAAAUCGUCGCCAACUCAAACAUUUCCGUAGCUCCAAUAAAUAUUUACGCCGGUUCGUGCGUGUACGUCUUAUCUUCUCCAUCGAAUUACGGCAUAAACGCAUGGAAGUGCUACGUCAAUGUCAGUUGCCACCGCGCGUUUUCGAGCAAAAAUUCGCGAUAAGUGAAAUCGAUACGGCGGCCUACGAACGCAUUUUAUUGGAUGCAAAUGCAAGUGUUGAAGAUCAUUUGGGCUAUUUCAGUAAGCGAGGAUUUGGCAGCACCAACAGGAGUGAUUCCAAUGAACUUAUUGUGGAUUUUGAUAGCGAAGAUGAAACUGAAAGUUUGACAAGCGUUGAUGAGCAGCGCAAGCUUAAAAAUGCGCCUCAUGGCUUUGCGAAAGUUAAAAAGACUUCGAAUGCUAAUGCUGCUAAUGCUGCUAAUGCUGCCACUGGUGCCAUCGCUACUUUGGCGAAUGGUGCGACGAAUGCUCAAUUUGAUAGUCCGACUGUGCCAUGUGUGAAAUGUCGAGAUCUCGCCAUUAAACUAAGAACUACAACAGACUUUUCGCCUCAUAUAAAUGCCAGCAAUAAAAUGCAUGCUCAUCAAAUAGAUUCCUACGAUUCAAUGCACUCUGGGAGUAUUUCAUCAAUUGAAAGACCCAAUGGAGGCGCAUUAGCUCUGCAUUAUGCUGCGGCUCGUGGUUGUUUAGAUUGUGUACAACUUUUGGUUGCUGCUUCCAAAGAUAUUUGUUACUUUUCUACGAUCAGCAGUAAGAAAGGCCUACUAGGCCGCAUGACCACAAGUCUUACUUCAUACCGACGUAGUAAACUGAAGAGCAAGUCCAAUAAUGAUAUUUGUUCCAUAGUUACGGAAACUACUACAACACAGGGCACAAACGGCGCCGGCGCCACUGUUGCACAAAAUAGUAGUAGUUCCAAUUUGCGUUCUAUUUCUAGUGAGAAUAUAUCCGAUUUAGUUGAAAUAAUGGAAUCAAAUGAACAACAAAAUAAUGAUGAUAAUGAUAAUGCCGGUGGUGUACGUAAAGAGCACAAUAACCGUCGUAGUAUUGUAAGCGCAAAUACGCAAAUGGACAACGAUGUCACGCCAGUCUAUUUGGCGGCACAGGAGGGACACCUGGAAGUGCUAAAAUUUCUGGUGCUUGAAGCUGGCGGAUCGUUAUAUGUGCGAGCACGCGAUGGCAUGGCACCGAUUCAUGCUGCUUCCCAAAUGGGUUGCCUAGACUGCUUGAAGUGGAUGGUGCAAGAUCAAGGUGUGGAUCCAAAUUUACGUGAUGGUGAUGGUGCAACUCCUCUGCACUUUGCUGCUUCUCGUGGACAUUUAUCAGUUGUGAGAUGGCUUUUAAAUCAUGGCGCUAAACUAUCGCUUGAUAAGUAUGGCAAAUCACCAAUUAACGAUGCUGCAGAAAAUCAACAGGUCGAGUGCUUAAAUGUUCUAGUACAACAUGGUACAUCAGUAGAUUAUAAUAGUCGUGAUAAAAGUACUUCACAACGUCACAAAACAAGUUCAAGUUCAGGUAAACAUCACAAUAACAAUAAUGGUUUGCUAAGCGCUUCACAUGGCAGUUGUAAUUCGAAUAGCAGCAAACAGACUAGUCGUAGCAACACCAUCAAAUCAAAAUCAUCGUCUACAUUGAGUUCUGAUGCUGAGCCAUUUUAUAUACAUCCUCCAAGUACAGUAGUGCGUAAGAAUAGUGAUGCACUUUACUCACACUCACAGCAAUCACAACAAUCCCGCUCAUCAUCUGAAAAAAUUUAUAGUGGCUCACUUGUACCAAAUGAUGGUUUAUAUGUGAAUCCUAUGCGUAAUGGUAUGUUUACACCACCCUCUCCGAACGGUAGUGUAUCUGGUGAAUCGUAUUUCAUGCAUGAUACACAGGAAGUUAUUUACAAUCGCAUGAGGGACAUAUUUGAAUCAGAUUGCAGUAGUGUUAAACACCCGACACAAAAAACAAAUCAUCAUAAUGCUCAAGGGCAUAAUGGUAAUGCUCAGAUUGCAAAUGCUGUGACCGUACAAGCUGAUGUACAUUCUAGUUCCAGUGGUGCUGGUAGUGGUUCAGAUGAAUCUGUUUCUAUCUCGUCUAGCAUCAAUUCACCUAAAACUAAUAAUCAUCGCAAUCAAAGCUUUAACCGUCACAAUAAUAGCACUAAUCAUGUGCGUAACAUGAACAAUCACAGCAAUAACAACAAUAGCACUAUUAAUAGCAAUAAUAAAAUAUUAGUACAUCAAAAUAAUCAAAAAAAUAAUAUGAACAAUGGUAAAGCUGCAAAUUCCAGAGAUCACGACUAUGAGGACAUUUAUAUGGUACGUGAAGAUGUACGCAAAAAUCAACCCAAAUAUAAUAUUGGUCGUUCACGUUCCCGAGAUAGUGGCUCACACUCAAGAUCUGCCAGCGCCUCAUCUACAAGAAGCACUGAUAUUGUUUUGCAGUACAGUAAUCAUAACCUUAACAACAAACGAGAUACAAGUCUACUAAAUCGUAAUAAAUCACAAUCCAUCAUUGGCCUGCACACCAAGUACGAUCCUUCAGUACGCAAGGAUAAUAAUUAUCCAACAAAGAAUAUAAAUCUUAAAAAUCAGUUGAACAGUGGCGUUCAUAGUGAUACUUAUGAAAGUGUGUGUCCACCAGAGGAUGUUGCAGAAAGAACUAAACAAUCAAAUAAGAAUUCUGUUAUCAGAAAUAAUCUGGACUCAGUGCAUUCUGACAGCAACAAUAACAACAACAACAGUUCAGUAAAUAAUCAUAACAAUAAUCAUAUUAAUAAUAAUAAUAACAGUAAUAAUAAUAACAGACAUCUGAAGCGAGUUUCGUCCGCGCCGCCAACACAAAAUAUUACAAUUGUCAACGGUCCACCACCUCCUCCGUUGCCACCACCUUUACGUGCUCCAAUACAGAAGAACAAUCUUCUUGCCGAACACACGAAUUCAUCUCAACGAAAUCCAAGCCACAGUUUGCAUGUGGAUGCGAUCGAUUCUGAUUCUGGUUUAGAAGUUGUUGAGGAGCCAAGCCUAAGGCCAUCAGAACUGGUGCGCGGUAAUCACAAUCGUACCAUGUCAACGAUAUCAGGUUAG